AUGGGACACAGAGCUGCACUUCUGCUCAGUGAGCUGCUGCUGCUGCUGUUGCUGCAAACAGCCUCACGCACUCUCCUUGCAGUCAGCUUCCCUGAGGACAUUGCACCCCUGGAUGUCGUUGACGCACACUUUACUCGGAGGUACCCUGUUUUCAGAGGCAGGCCCUCUGGAAAUGAGUCGCAGCAUCGCCUCGACUUUCAGCUGAUGACCAAGAUACAAGACACGCUCUUCAUCGCUGGCAGAGAUCAGGUGUACCUUGUAAGUUUAAGAGAAUCCUACAGGAAUGAGAUCAUCCCAUACCGGAAGCUGACAUGGCGAUCAGGCCAGGCUGACAGGGAGAUGUGUGCUGUCAAAGGAAAACACAGGGAUGAAUGCCAUAACUUCAUCAAAGUGCUGGUUCCCAGAAAUGACGAUCUGGUCUUUAUAUGUGGCACCAAUGGCUUUAACCCCAUGUGCAGAUACUACAGGCUGGAUAACCUUGAGUUGGAUGGUGAGGAGAUCAACGGGUUGGCACGGUGCCCAUUUGACUCCAAGCAAACCAACGUUGCCCUUUUUGCAGAGGGGAAACUGUAUUCCGCCACGGUGGCUGACUUUCAGGCCAGUGAUUCUGUCAUUUAUCGCAGUAUGGGUGAUGGAUCUGCCCUGAGGACCAUCAAAUACGACUCCAAGUGGCUUAAAGAACCUCAUUUCCUGCACGCAGCCGAGUAUGGGAAUUAUGUGUACUUUUUCUACCGAGAGAUUGCAGUGGAGCACAGCAAUCUGGGCAAGGUGGUCUACUCUCGCGUCGCCCGCAUCUGCAAAAAUGACAUUGGUGGGUCACAGCGCGUUCUGGAAAAACAUUGGACAUCUUUCGUCAAGGCGAGACUGAACUGCUCCGUGCCGGGGGACUCCUUCUUCUACUUUGACGUGCUUCAAUCCAUCACUGACAUCAUCAACAUCAACGGUGUCCCGUCCGUUGUGGGUGUGUUCACCACACAGAUGAACAGUAUUCCAGGGUCAGCGGUGUGUGCUUUCUCCAUGGCCGACAUCGAGAAAGUCUUCCAUGGUCGAUUUAAAGAGCAGAAGACUGCUGACUCCAUAUGGACGCCAUUCCCAGAGGAGAAGCUACCUAAACCUCGACCCGGGUGCUGUGCAGGUUACGGUCCAGCUGCAUCCUUUAAGAGCUCCAUCGAGUUCCCGGAUGAAACCCUGCAGUUCAUCAAGUCCCACCCUCUAAUGGACACAGCUGUGCCUUCCAUUGGGGACGAGCCAUGGUAUACAAAGACGCGUGUCAGGUACAGGCUGACGGCACUGUCUGUGGACAACGAAGCAGGUCCGCACAAAAACUACACAGUGGUUUUUAUUGGUUCGGAGUCGGGUGUUGUUCUCAAAGUUCUGGCAAAGACCUCGUUCACGUCCCUGAAUGACAGUUUGCUUCUGGAGGAGAUAGACGUCUUCAACAAGGCCAAGUGCUUGUCUAACCAUGACGACGAUAAGCGCGUCUUGUCACUACACGUGGACAAAGACGCCCAUAGCCUGUAUGUUGCCUUUUCAAGUUGCGUCAUCCGAAUUCCCUUGAGUCGCUGUGAAAGGCAUUCUUCCUGCCACAAGUCAUGCAUUGCAUUACGUGAUCCCUAUUGUGGAUGGAGGCCUCAAGGAGCCUGUGAGAGGAUACAGCCUGGUCUUUUGACGGGCUAUGAGCAGGAUAUUGAAUUCGGAAACACUAACCACUUGGGAGACUGUCAGGCAUUUUUGGGCACUACAUCAGCACCAGAUUACAAAUCAUUUGGUGACCCUACCUCUGACAUGGAGUUUUCAUCAGCACCAGUCACUGUCCUGCCCAGUGGGCCCAUACCUCCCCCAGUUCUCAUUCCCACUCAGAGCCCCAGCUCUGGGACCGCUCCAGAGCUCUACGGCUCAGGCUUUGUGCUGCAGGAUGACCCAGCCACCUCUCAUUCUUUAGACUCUCUCCCAGGGGGGCAAGAGGGCGUCUGGGACAUCCAAGCAAGUGAAACCAGCCAGAUGGUCCACAUGAACAUCUUGAUUACCUGCGUUUUUGCUGCUUUUCUCAUGGGCGCCCUACUAGCAGGCUUGAUUGUGUUCUGCAAUCGAGAAUCAUUUAUGCGAAAGCAACGACGUGUCCACAAAGAUGCGGAAUCCGCGCCGUCCUGCUCGGACUCUGCCGGAAGCUUCGUCAAGCUCAACGGUCUCUUUGACAGCCCUGUAAAGGAGUACCAGACAAAUGUGGAUUCUCCUAAGCUGUAUACCAACCUGCUGAGUAAAGACCUGAAAACACCAAAUGGUGACACCAGGACCAUGAUCCUGCGGGAUGGUUGUCCGCCUCCCGAGUUGUCCGCUCUACCAACACCUGAUUCCACUCCUGUUCUUCAGCAAAAAGGCUUGCAGCCCAUCAAAAACCAGUGGGAGAGGGAUCACCGGAAGGUCAGCGGUCAUCGCAAAGAAUCCAACUCGACAGCCAAGAGUCCUCAGCUUCUUAUUCCUUCGCCGGGUCCUCCCAAGUCCAACUCCCAUCAUCCUCACCUGGCUUUGGGACAUUCGCACAUCCCCAGUGCUGUGGUCCUGCCCAACGCCACACAUGACCACCCAUAUUUGGACAGCGGCGAUGAUACUCUGCCACAUCCUUCUGACAAGAAGCACAAGAAUCCAGACGCGAAAGGAAGUAGGAAAGAGCAGAAGCGAUCGGUGGAUGCGAGGAAUACACUAAAUGACCUUUUAAAACAUCUCAAUGACUCGGUGGCCAACCCAAAGGCCAUUCUUCUGGAGGGAUCGGGGCCCCGCCCUCGGCAACACCUCACACUGGAACCCAUGGAGGAACUGACGGAAUUACCGCCCAGGGUGCCAAGUCGCGAGGCCUCUUUGUACUCUCCUUCCUCCUCCCUGCCUAGGCACAGCCCCACCAAGAGGGUGGACGUCCCCUUGACGUCUCCCACUCCCACCACACCAACGGGCAGCCUAAGCAUGGGGGGUACAUUGGAGAGGCCAAGAGGAGGAUAUCAGCUCCAACGGAGUGCAUCUCACAGGCACUCCUUGUCCACCUCAACCAACGGGGUGACUAUGGGCGUAUCUGUGUCUCGCCAACACAGUAUGAACAGAGGGGGUUACAUGCCUCCAACGCCCCCCUCCAGACUCGAUUCCCACAUGGGAAUGAUGGGGGCAGGCAUGCACUCUCCCAACCCUCCUUUAUCCCGACAGAGCAGCUACAGUGGGCAUGGCUCACUCCCUCGCACGGGACUUAAAAGGACCCCUUCGCUAAAGCCAGAUGUGCCCCCCAAACCAAAUGGCUUUUCACCACAGACUUCACAGAUGCGAGUGGUCAAUAAGUACAGCUAUUAG